AUGAAGAGAACUAUUAAAAAAAGCACUACCAUAACUGAAACAAUUAUUAAUGAUAAUGGCGAAAAUUUUAUUAUUGAUCGUAAAUAUAGUGUUAAAAACAAUUCUCAAUUAAUCACCGAGACUAUAAAUGAUGAAAAGAGUGGAAAAAGAAAAAUGGCUAAUCCUGAAACUUUACCCGCUAAACAUAAAUGUCUUGUUAUAAUUGAAGAAAUUGAAAAACCUGAUGGAACAAAAGAAAUAACUACUAAAUAUGAUUUAAAUAGUUUAAAAAAAGGUUUUGGUAUUCAAGCCAAAUUUAUCGGUCAAAAUUUUUAUCGUAAAUUCCGCAAUAGAGAAUAUGUUGGCGAAGAAGAAGAUUUUGUUAAUGAAUUUACUGCUGAAUUAGUUUUUAUAAUUACUGAAAUUAGGC